AUGAUGAAAAUGAUCGACUUGAAUGACAACCCGUGGGCAGUUUCCGACUCAAGCUUUGAAGAUCUUCCGAGCACUGAUCCUUGGCUGACUCCCUGCGAGAAAGAAGAAAAAGAAAACGACGAGAAAACGAUACGACCGCCUCGAAAAGUUGCCAAACCUCAAAGUAUAAAGCUCCUCUCCACGGCCAAGAACAUUCCGCGCAGUGCCUUCGACUUGCCGAACAUUUCCAACUCGGACAGGGUCGUCCAGUGCUCCAGCUUGCCGUCUCUUAUCGAUAACCUGCCGAGCGAUGCGACGCUGCCCGAGAUACUCUUUAUGAAGCUGCAAGAUGACGAGCUUUCCGAUUCCAGAUACGCAAAAUGGCUCAAGAAGCAAAUCAAGAAUCCCGAAAGCAUCGAUUAUUUGCAGAAUAGACCCGUGCAUUUGAAAUGCACGGUGCCCGAAGCAAAUCUUCAAACAGAAGAUGCGCAGAGACUUUUCAACAUGAAGAAUAUCCUCAACGAGGCGAUUUAUCGUCUCCUCAAGUACCCAGCCGAUUUCGACAGUAUGCUCGAUUGCUUGAUAAGCACGAUUAUCAUGGGCGCGAAUGGAUUCGGCGACGAAUUCAUGGAAUAUGUCGCGGAAACAAUUUAUAAUACAUGUGUCUGCGAUAUUCCAUUCUGCCACAUCGCGUCGAAAUUAGUCGCAGAAAUCUGUCUCAAGAUCAAAAAAGGAGAGAACGAGAAAGGCUUCAGGACGAUUUUGCUGAUGAUGCUCCAGAAAGAGUUCAGGAAGAAAGACGAGUUCGCCAAAUCAAUGGAAAUAUCCGAAAGAGAGAGGCUUCAAACACUGACGAUGUUCAUCGCGGAGCUUCUGGUGAAUUUCCUCAUUCCGAGCAUUGAGAACGGCAAGCCAGCGAGAAUACAGAUCUUCUCAAAGCUUCUGCCGUCGCUCUUGCUCACUCUUAUAAAUACCCCAUCGCCGAGCAAUGUUCGCAUCGCCACGCAAGUGCUUCGACUUGGAGUCGGCCCGAUCAUCGAAAUCGAGCAAAACAACCGGACGGCGUUGGCGGAAGUGUGGCACUUGCUAUCCAUUCAGGCCAGGAGAGGAAACGAGAACGCAAAGAAAGUGCUCAUCCAGAGAGCAACAGGCUGGAAAAGCUAUCUGUCGGGAAGCGUAAUAAGUAACAAUCCGAGAGAAGUAAACGCAUUCGAAUACGGCCGUGGAGAACCAGUCUUCUUCACUUCUGCGGGAAUACCGUACAUGGUAUCGUCUCUGGCAGAUCCAAAAAAUUUAAAAGAAUUGUUUUACUGA